AUGGCAGCUAGAAGAUUCCCACUGGUUAGCACAAUGUCAAGCACAGGGACGAACGGUUCGGGCGGCGGCAAGCCAUCGCAGAUCCUCACAGCCACCGUCGGCAAGCCGGCGACUCCCAAAAUCGUCGAACCGGAAAUGCCGGUGGGCACGGGUCCAGAUGGCAUCCGGCUCGGCAGCGCGGCAGAUACGAGCCCCAAAGCAACCACCAGCACCACCACCACCACCGAGAAGCAGGAACAAAAAGAAAAGAGCCCACAGACGGCGGGCGCCUCCAGCGACGCCGCUUCGACCCCCGGGAAAGGCUCACCGCCGGCGCAGCUCGUGCCGCUGACGUACUACCCGCUCGAGACGCAGGCGACACUGGACCGCAACCUGCGGCGGGUGAUGGGCAAGCCGUACGACAAGUACUUCCACACGUCGCUGCACAUCUACAGCGACGUGACGGAGGCGAUCCGCAGCCCGAUGCCGCGGUCGGGCUACCUGCCGCCGAAGCAGGCGGCAAAGCUCCUGAACCCGGGCUACCACGCGCACGAGAACGGGUGGAUGGGGCUGGAGGACGGCGGGGCGUACGUGGCGUCGCGCACGCGGUUCGGCAAGGAGGUCACGGGCGAAAUGAUCCAGUGGUGGUUCUGGUGGCACUCGCUCGAGAGCGAGCGCUACGCCCUGUGGUUCCCGCACUGCCACGUCCGCGUCGUGGUGGCGGCGGGCGCGGACCGCGCGCUGCUCGAGGACCGGUCGGUGCCGCACGUCCGCAAGUGGCUGGGCGUCACGCACCGCGUCACGGAGCACAUUGGGGCCAAGGAGUUGUCGGCGCACCUGCGGUUCGUCGACCCGGCCCAGUACGGCCUGCCGUGGGACAAGCUCAAGGAGGCCGGCUACGAGGCGGCCGUGUGCGCCGAGGUGAGGGACGGCUGGGAGCCGCGCCUCAAGAUCGGCGACUUUGUGCACCUGUGGCGCCGAGACGCCGUCACGGGCGAGCUGGAGCUGCGGAGCAGGUAUUGGUUUGGCAACGAGACCAGGUUGGACCUGCCGUGCGGCUUGGCCAUCCCGCUCGACCUGCCGGCGCGCCUGCUGGGCAUCAAGAAGAUGAGGGCCGGCCCGUCCCUGGCAUACGAGCACUUCAUCCACGACCAGACAGAGUUUACGAACCUGGCCAGCUUCCUGCCGGCGCUGUAUGCGAAAUGGGCUGCCGGUCAGCUGUGA